AUGCGAUCGCUACUGAAUCAGACAACGCGGAUCAAGAUUACUGAUGGACGACUGUUUAUCGGCCAGUUUAUGUGUAUCGACCACUCCAAGAACAUUAUCCUCUCCGCAGCAUACGAAUACCGGACAACAGCAAAGGCCAAUAACAACAACAACAAUAAUACCUCCGACUGUACCGACGCUGAAUCUGAUAUCAAGAGCAGUAGUACAUCUGGCGCAGGAGAAGAUAUCCCAUUGAAGACGCUGUCUAUCAACGCUCAGCAUGAUACAGUCUUGACCACCGGACAAACAAAGAGAUUUGUUGGACUGGUCAUGAUCCCAGGACACCACAUCGUGAAGGCAGACAUUGACUGCAGUCAUUUACGAGGAGCUGAUUCAAGGAUAAAGGCGCCAACGAAGAUCUACGGACUCGACUACUUGCGAGGAUAG